AAGAACAGGCCAAAAAGAGAUUGGCAAAGAUAGUAAGGUUACAGAUCUACUGUGUCGUCAACAUAUACAUACAUAUCUCUUUACUGAUCAUUAUGAUCUCGUCAGGUAUUUACAUGGUAAAAAAGGGGGGAUCAGACGACAGUACGCAAUAGCAGAGUUAUCAUGACUCGCGGGGAUUCGAAAAACAAAUGAACCUGGUCAGUAACCAGUGCAUUAUCGAGUCAAGUUUUUAGAGAAGCGAUAUUUUGUGCCUCGAAAGAAACAAACAUAUAUGAGGAAAGAGAAACGCGAUUUUUGACUGUCAUAAUACUGGAAAAACCAUAUGGAUUGCUGUUUCGCUAAUCAGUAUGAUAACUCUCAAAUUGUGGAGACAUUCCCAAAUGUCUCUAGUCCAGAAAUGUUUGAUAGUGAUACCGAAAGUGAUACAGAUAACAAAAAUGUUGAGACAUUAACCGAGGAUAGUACAUUUGCAGUAGUCUCCUCUCGAGAACCUACACAAGCUGAAUUGAUCGCAAAAUCAGACAAUUACAUGUUAGUUAGAAUUAACAAGUUUUUGAGCGGUGUCCCACCUCCGCCAAGGCAUACAACAUGUCAGAGUGAUUGUUCUGAUUUUCUGCAACACAUUUAUGCAAAUCAUCGAUUUUUUUAUACUGAAUAUUCAUUGUCCAAUGGAAGUACAAAAUCUAUGGAAAACCCUCAGCAGCAGAGAACCACAGAAGAUACUAACAAUAGAAAUAUUUCUUAUCAAUGUACAAAAAGUACUUUAAGAAAUUUAACAGAUGUUUUUGAUGCUUGUGAUUCACCAGCUAAUAGUGUAGAAGACACAGAAUUAAGCAUAAACAAUUGCGAUAGCAAUAACUUGAAUGUACAAUAUAGUGUUCCUAAGGAGUUAAAGAAUCCAGUUAAUGCAACUAAAGAAACAGUUCAAGUUCCAUAUAUUAUAAAUUCUGAAGUAUCUUACGAGCAAUCUCCUCUUCUUUAUCAUACAAUUGAUGAGAAGGAGGUUAAAGCUUUAACAUGGCCUCAAGCUUAUUCUCAUAAAUUUCAUGGCAUACAUUAUAACAGAAGCAAAGCUGUAGAGGAGUUUGAGAAUUUAACAGUUAAAUUAUGUGAAAGAUAUAUAGGAGCUGAAACACAGUCUACCUGUAAUAUAUGGUUUUCAAAACAGCCACCGGGAAGUGCGAGAAAACGAAGUUUAUUGACAAAACGAGGAAGUGGUCAAAGUCCAGAGAAAAGAUUGACGCAUUUAGCCAGAAGACGUAGGACUUUUUGUAGCGCUAACUUGCAAGGAUUGGGACUCACUGAUAAAAGGCAGUUAAUGAUACCAAUUAAGAAGCUUGCACAUAAAAAAGGGAAAAGUCCAAGAGGUAAAAGUUUACGUGGUAAAAGUCCAAGAGGCAAAAGUCCUCGAGGUAAAAGCCCAAGAAGUUCAGCAAAGAAAAAAGUUGUUCGGAGAUUAAUGCUAGACGAAUCAAGUCCAUGUAAAUCUAAAUUAGAAACUUCGAAACGUGCGUUGUUUCAAAGUCCUCCAUCAGAUCUUGCUGGUCCAAGCAAAUUAUUAGGUACAAGUAAUAUGGAUACUCAAAAAAUUAAACGCGUUUUAUUUUCGACACCACAAAAAAACGAAUCUGAAGAUGCGAAACAAACAUCUUCGAGAGAGGAAAGUAGAAAAAGAAAAUGUGAGGAAGAAUUGCAAGGACCACGAUUGAAAUGGGCAAAAAGUUUAUCGUUUGAUUGCACACAUGAAUUAAAAAACACUUCAAAAGUUAUGUGGGAUAGACAUUCGUCGAGCAGUAUUCUUUCGAAAAAUGAAACAUCUUUCAGUCAAGGAAAGAACGAACUAAGCGAUACUCAUAAAAAGAAACUACUUUGGGCAGUUGCGGAGGCUCUAAGAAGCAAAGGCAUUGGUAUGAAUCAUCCAAAAUUUAAACAAUAUGCCGCAAAUUUAGCACGCACAAUCAAAAAAUUUAUGCCCGAGCUUGAAAAUAGAAAUAUUCCGCGAAAACCUGGAAGUACAAGUGAUCGCAUGUUGAAACUAGCCAAGCAUCACGUACUGUUUCUCAUCGAUACUAGACCAAUGGAUUGACAGUACUCAUUAGUACAAUUAGUAAAAUUUAACAAGUUGCACGAUUGAUUUACUUUUGGCAAAGAGUACAUUAUUGAAAUGACCAAAUAUAUAUAGGUGCUUUAGCCGAUGUGUUUACACUAUACUUUUAUAUAUAUAACUUAAUAAUGUAAGAUAAAUGUUACAGAGCAAUUAAAUUAAAAAAUGGGAUUGUAUAUUGUUACACCCACGUGCAGGGUAUUGAACAUUUUUUAUCGUGUAUAAAUAAAAAAUUUUUAAAAUAA